AUGGCGGGGGAGGGAUCUUAUGAGCAGGAGAUGGAGGAUAGAUUUGCUAGAAUAACGUUUGAAGAGGAGGAAGAGAGGGGACUAUCAUAUGAAGGAGUCACAGAGGAGCUUUCUGAAAUCGACGUAAGAUGGUGCUUAGUGGGGCGAUUCCUAACGGAGUCAUCGAUAGAUUUUCAAGCCAUGCAGAAUAAAAUGGCAUCUCUUUGGAAGCCUGGCAGGGGAGUAUAUGUUAAGGAGUUGGAGCCCAACCGAUACAUCUUUCAGUUCUACCAUGAAGUGGAUAUCAAGAGGGUUAUAGAUGGGAGUCCAUGGACUUUUGGUCGUUAUCAAUUGGUGAUUCAGAGAUUGAAAGAAGGCGAUGAUCCACGAGUCGUACCCCUGAAUAGGUUGGAUAUAUGGGUCCAGUUACAUGGAAUGAGUCAUGGAUUUAUGUCACAACGUGUUGUUAAGGAUAUCGGAAAUUAUAUUGGAACCUUUGUGGAGUCAGACGGGAAUAAUUUUGUAGGUGUUUGGCGAGACUUCUUACGUGUUCGUGUCUCUUUAAACUUAGACUUGCCACUAAAAAGGAGAAUGAAGCUUAAGCGUAGUGCAGAGCAAUGGUGCUGGGUAGAAUUCAAAUAUGAAGGAGUUCCAACCUUUUGCUUUGUGUGUGGUUUAGUGGGUCAUAGUGAAAAAUUCUGUGAGAAGAUUUUUGACACGCCCCUGGAGAUGAUAGAAAAACCGUAUGGAGCCUGGAUGCGUGCAGAACCGAGAAGAAGGAGUCAUACAAUUGGCUCGAAAUGGUUAAGACAGGGUGGACAACCUCCGGUGACAAACCAAGGGACAAAUCCGGCGAGGAAGGGAGGAGACGGUGUAGCACAGACAGCUGGGAAAGUCAGUACAGAGAUUACGCAAAAUCCCGGGAUUGUAGGGAUAGAGCGAGAGUUUGUUGGAACAGCAAAACAGAUUGGCUUAAUUGGCGGAAAAGGCGAAAUUGGAGGCAAUUUAAACGAGGUUGGCGCCCUUAUCACAAAUUCGAAUUUUGCAAAAGAUAGAGAGAUUAUCACGGCCUCAGAAAAUAGUGGGCUAAUAUUGUCGGACCCAAAAAGGAGAAGGGUAGAUGAGCCCAGUACAAACAGCCCAAACAAAGAAACAGAGAUAGUAGAUGUACCAAUGACAGAGGAGUAUAGUACUGAAGUAAAGAACCAAAAAAACUUGCUACCGGCGGGCUCUGCAGGGCAGACCCGCCUAGAAUUAUGA